AUGCGUGAUCUACUGAGAAACCGUGUCUCCGAGAGGGCGCACGGAUUCUAUGGCACUUUGAUAUUUUUAUGUAGUCUACAAACUUGGAGAUGUCAUAGAGGUAUGAGAAUUACUGGUGGCUCGAGUUAUGAGGAGGUACUGAAGAACAUUCCUAAGAAAUCUCCUUUGGACGUUCAGAAUUUAAUGUAUGUUGUUGGGAAACUACAUGCGGCUUGGGGUGGAACAUUUUAUGUAGGGGAUACAAUGGCCUGGAAGGAUGGCCGUCAUGUUUAUAGAGCCCCCAGCCAAGCAAUCUCUGAGUCAGUAGCAAGUUAA